AUGGUUCUUGACGAUGAGGCAGACCCUAACAGCUCACAGAGUCCACUAUUUGGAGACGGGUUCAUUCAUCCCAUCAGCAAAUCGCCUAUAUCAAGACCGCCGGUAUCAUCAAUCAAAGUGUUUGCGAGAGACCUAUCGGAUUAUGCGGAAUUUACCAGAGAGUUCUUCUGCGAGUGCGAUGAUGAAAAGUGGCCUCCUGAUACGCCUCCAGAUAUACUCUCGAAUAUUUCAUAUCCAUGUUCUUGCCCCGGUGGCUAUAAUGCACCUCCGCCCUUGGAGAUUAUUGGAUCUGGCCCUAAUGGAUUGGUAACUAUUGGCGACUACUCGGACGCGACCUAA